AUGCACUCCCUUUCUCGUCCAUCCCUUCUUCUCCUUUCCCUUGUCUCCCUCUUCACGGGAGCCUUAGGCAAUCCUGGUUGUCGACCACGCCCACCCAGGCUAAACACUGCAAGGGCCAUUUAUUUCAUCACCAAUGAAGACAACAAUGGCGUCGCUGCCUUGCCAAUCGGUGCCGACGGGACACUGUCGCAGGGAACCGUAACCGAAACCGGCGGUGCGGGCUCCGUGUCGGUGGAUAGCAAUGGCGAUCAGGCUCUCCCGGAUGCCUUGAUCGGCCAGUCCGCCUUGACUGUGGUCGGAAAUCACAUUUUCGCCGUCAACGCCGGCUCCAACACCCUCAGCAUGCUCACCAUCUCCAACUCGGACCCGACACAACUUGCCCUCGUCGGCGAACCCGUCGCCAUCCCCGGAGAAUUCCCCAACACAGUCUCCGCCUCGCUAAAGAACCACUUGGUCUGCGUGGGAACCACCGGUGCCGUCUCCGGCAUUUCAUGCAGCUCCUUCAGUCGCAGGGGACUCGGACCCAUGGAUGGUCUGCGGGCCUUUGAUCUUGGUCAGGUCACACCUCCUGUCGGCCCGACGAAUACAGUGUCACAGACUUUCUUCUCUGCAGAUGAGUCGCUUCUGUUUACCACCGUCAAGGGCGACCCGCCCACGAACAAGACUGGGUUCUUUUCCGUCUUCCCCGUGGAACAGGCAUCCUCGCGGAGAGGAAGGGGUAGGGGCAGGGGCAGAGUCGCUACUCUUGGUACGACUGAUACCCGCAGCGUCCCUGACGGCUCAGCGGUAUUGUUCGGCUCGCAGGUUAUCCCGGGAACUUCCAACGUCUUUGUGACAGAUGCAGCCUUCGGCGCAGCGAUCCUCUCCGUCGACCCCCAAACACGCCAAGCAACGACCGCCGCACGAGUAGCAAUCGACGGCCAAGUCGCCACUUGCUGGGCCACCAUUUCUUCAACUACCGGUACUGGCUUCGUAACCGACGUUGCCAACAACCGUCUCGUCGAGGUGAGCCUGCAGGACGCCAGCAUCGUUUCGCAACUCGACCUGUCCAGCAAUGGUGAUCCGGGCCUCAUCGAUCUGCGAGCUGGCGGCGACUUUAUCUACGCGCUGUCUCCUGGGAAUGGCAGCACUGAGUCUGCAGUCACGGUGGUUGACCUCUCUGGUGGACCGGGGUCUGCGAAGAUGGUUCAGCACUUCGGACUCGGCACCAUUGCCGGUCCUCGGGCACAGGGAAUGGCAGUUCUUCAGUAG